CUCGAGAUAAUCUCCUCGUUACCGUGCUCCUCGUGUGAAACAUCCUUGCGGGUUGCUGGAGACGCCCGACGCUAUUGCCUCCCACCCUAGUUCCCUCUGCCGCCUCCCGUAGACUGGCCAUAUCUUUUGGCCUCUGCUGCCUUGUUGCCUCCCCCUAUUGCCCGCCAUCCCUAUUUAGAUCCACAGGAUCCUGCUCCAUCCUUCUGCAAAUCCUUGGACCCUUGACGUUGCAAGGUCCAUCUUGAUCCUCUUCCCCUCCAGUGCUGCCUCUUGCCAUCUGGGAAAGACGGCUCGGCCCGUCUCUGCACUGAGAGAAACUCUUGAACAUAGACCACCCCAACCCCAACAUCACAAUGUCCUCGUCAGAGAGAGAUACCGCCCAUCAAGGCACAGGCGAGGAGCGCCGCGGCUCCAUCCUGUCCGCCCUCUUACCAAGGGCUGCAGGUGGCCGCCGCGACUCCAUCCUCGCCGACCUGCUCCCCGAGAGCCUGCCCCUUCCGUCGUCCUUUGUGGCGACAGCUCCCAUCGUCCAAGAGAUCCUCACCAGAGACAUUGCAGAAUGCUCUGACGACGACGACGAGGACGACUACGACGAGCGUGACUUCUUCCCCGGCUACGAGGACAGGAUGCCGGGCUCGCACCGCAACAGCAGCCAGGCGGACCGCACAGAACCAACGACGCAAUCAACAUCCACAAUAACGCAAGACGUAGACGCAGAUGUUCGCUCCCCAAGCUCAGAUCUGCCGCCGCCCGCGCGCCGCCCGCGCCGCGACAGCGGCCGGCGCGGGUCCGCGGCCGACUCGGCGCGGCUGGCCUUCCACCCCAACGGCGUAGCCUUUGGGCUCUCUGGCUUCUCGUCGGUGUCGAUCCAGGGCGUGGACCGGCCGGUGGCGAACCCGCAGGAGGUGAGCGAGUCGCUGGGCGCCGAGGUGCGGCUGCUGCGUGACAACGGCCUCAUCCCGCCGCGCCACCCGGACGCCGAGCGCCGCCGCCGCAGCAGUGCCACCCUCGCCGGCCGCGUCUACCGCCGCUUCUUCAGCACCCGCGUCCGCGAUCACGAGGGCGACCAGGUGCCCAUCUUCUCCACCGACAUGUUUGCCUCGUCCAGCCACUCGGUCCUGCCGGGCGUCCAGGAGCAGCAGCAGGGACAAGAACAGCCCGACGAGCGUGCCCCGCUGCUCGGAUCGCACCGGGCCAAAGCUGGCGGCCAUGGCGCCACGGGCGACGCUGCCAGCAUUGCGUCCAGCGACAGCUCCAUGGACGAGACCAUCCCGACGCCGCCGGCCGACGAGAUCCACGACCGCUGGGAGGAGGCCAUCGCCGCCCACUGCAUCCAGACGACGUGGCAGCGUGAGACCAAGACUUUGGUCCAGUACGCCGCUCCCUUGAUUGUGACGUUCCUGCUACACUACUCUGUCACCGUUGCCAGCGUGCUCACCGUCGGGCGGCUGGGCAUGGUCGAGUUGGCCGCCGUGAAUCUGGCUACCAUGACCGCCAGUAUCACUUGCUACGUCCCCGUUCAGGGCCUCGCCACGUGCCUGGAUACGCUGUGCGCGCAGGCCUACGGCUCUGGACAUAAGCAUCUCGUUGGCCUUCAGGCCCAACGCAUGACCUGGUUCCUCUGGAUCCUCAUGGUCCCCAUCGCCGUGCUCUGGUGGUUCUCGGGCCCGAUCCUCGAGGCCCUGGUGCCGAGCAAGGAGACGGCGGCCCUGGCGGCCCUGUACCUCCGCUUCCUGAUCCUGGGCAUGCCCGGCGUCGCCGCCUUCGAGUCGGGCAAGCGUUUCGUCCAGGCCCAGGGCCUGUUCCGCGCCACCACGUACGUGCUGCUGGUCGGCGCCCCGCUCAGCUUCUUGCAGAACUGGCUCUUCGUCUUCAAGCUCGGCUGGCACUUUGCCGGCGCCGCCACCGCCAUGGCCAUCACGCAAAACCUGCUCCCGCUCCUGCUGGUGCUAUACGUGCGCUUUGUGGACGGGAGGCAGUGUUGGAAGGGCUUUACCUGGAAGGCGUUUAGCAACUGGGGCCCCAUGAUCAAGCUCGCCCUCCCCGGUAUGAUCAUGAUCGAAGCGCAGUUUUCCGUACUGGAAAUCCUCACCCUCGCCGCGGGCCACCUCGGCACGGCGCAGCUGGCGGCCCAGAGCGUACUCGUGACGGUCACGUCGACGUCGUUCAACGUGCCCUUCCCGCUCGCCAUCGCCACCUCGACGCGCGUCGCCAAUCUCAUCGGCGCCAACCUGGGCGACGCCGCCCGCAAGACGGCAAAGGUGGCCAUCGUGGCCGCCUGCGCCGUCGGGCUCGUCAACAUGACGCUCCUUAUUACCCUGCGCCGCACCCUGCCCGCCGUGUUUACGGCCGACGAGGAGGUGAUAUCGAUCGCCUCGCACGUAAUGCUCGUCUGCGCCGUUAUGCAGAUCUUCGACGCCCUGGCCGCGGUCUCGCAUGGAAUCCUCAGGGGCGUCGGCCGCCAGGCCAUCGGCGGCUACGCCAACCUCUUUUCGUACUACUUUAUCGCCCUGCCCGUCUCGCUCUCGACGGCCUUUGCGCUAGGCUGGAAGCUCAGCGGUCUCUGGGCAGGCUUGGUGGCUGGUCUUGCCGUCGUAUCGGCACUUGAGCUGCUUUACCUUUACAGCUCAGAUUGGGAUAGUGCCAUCGUCCAGGCCGCCGAAAGGAUGCGUUCUGAGGAGGUGGAUAUUGGUGAGCCAAAGGCCACCAACGUUUAAGUAGCAAUGGAAAUUCCGAAAAUGAGAUAUGGAUAUGAGAUAGCGAAUUCUAAAAAAAAAAACCCAAAAAAGAAAAAGAAAAACGCAUGUAAUGCUUGACUUGUCAGCUCCAUAUUCUCUGCUAGGUACGGCUAUGGGCUAUGAAAAGCAAAUUCUAAACAUUAUAACCCUG